UUCAGCUUCCUAAACCCGCCCUCUCCCACCCAACAAAUCUCGGCGGCAAGCGGCAGCUGUCGGCGGAAGGAAGCAAUUUGAGGAACCACAAUGGGAUUCGUUAAAGCCCAGAAAACAAAAGCAUACUGUAAGCGGUAUCAAGUCCAAUUCAAGAGGAGGAGAGAGGGGAAGACAGACUAUCGAGCUAGGGUUCGGUUGAUCAAUCAGGACAAAAACAAGUAUAAUACCCCAAAGUAUCGGUUUGUUGUGAGAUUUACCAACAAGGACAUUGUUGCACAAAUUGUUUCUGCUAGCAUUGCAGGUGACAUUGUGCUUGCAUCAGCUUAUGCACAUGAAUUGCUGCGUUACGGCCUUGAAAUUGGACUGACAAAUUAUGCUGCUGCUUACUGUACUGGUCUUUUACUGGCUCGUCGAGUUCUCAAAGAACUUCAAAUGGAUGAGGAGUAUGAAGGAAAUGUUGAGGCUACUGGUAAAGAUUACUCUGUUGAACCAGCUGAUAGCAGAAGGCCUUUCCGUGCUCUUCUGGAUGUUGGUCUUGUACGGACCACCACAGGCAACCGUGUUUUUGGUGCACUCAAGGGGGCAUUGGAUGGUGGGCUUGACAUACCUCAUGGUGAAAAGAGGUUUGCUGGAUUUGACAAGGAGUCUAAACAACUUGACCCUGAGGUUCACCGCAAGUACAUCUAUGGUGGGCAUGUUGCGGCUUACAUGAGAACAUUGAUUGAAGAUGAACCAGAGAGGUAUCAGUCUCAUUUUAGUGAGUACAUAAAAAGGGGUUUGGAGGCAGAAAAUAUCGAGGAGUUGUACAAAAAAGUCCAUGCAGCUAUUCGUGCUGAUCCUACUGCAAAGAAAUCUGAGAAGGAGCCUCCAAAGGAACACAAGAGGUACAACCUUAAAAAGCUAACUUAUGAGGAAAGAAGGGCUAAGUUGAUAGAGAGGUUAAAUGCAUUGAACUCGGCUGCUGGAAAUGAUGAUGACGACGAGGAUGGUGAUGAGUGAACACAGGAAAAGUUGCUGUUGCAUUCUUUUUUUUGUUUUUUGGGUAUUGGGGAUAGACGUCUUCCCAGUUUUGUAUUUUGGGAGAAUGAGAAUUUAUGACCUUUGGAAGUAUGACAGGAACUUUAUAUGCCUAGUGUUGGUAAAUUUUAAUGGAUAGUUAUCCUAUUGUAGAGUUUGAAGGACGUAUCACAAAAAUUGCUUGAAUAAUUGUAUGAAUUUUUUUCAAA